GGGCAAUCUUGCUACCCCUUUCGGUGAAACAAGAUGCAGUUUUGAGUAGCUGAACAACCUGCACCAGCACAGCCUAGACCAGUUUCGCGGCAUCCGGACCGUGCUGUAGGAGCCCUGUAGCUUGCGUAGGUUAUACCUAAUCCAGGCGCUAUCAAUGCAACCUCGGGGAAGUAGAGUUGUUAUCGUAGAUUGAGCAAUUGCCGAUAUCCAUUGGACGAUUUGGGAGAUACCUGAGGUUAUACUCUUGAUUUCAUACGUUUCUGAAGUUACUACCUAACUUACAUAUUUCGAGUCGCGGGAACGACUUUUGGUUUUCCUUCUAGACUAGAGUAGAGCAGAGCGGAGCGGCAGAGGCAAUAGACUUAGGCAAAGAUGUCGUUCUUCACCGGCACAACCAAGUUCUCCAACACAUCAGCCAUCCCGGCCGUCGACGACGGCCGCAAGAUCACCAAGGAGGCCGCCGUCGCGCUGCUGCACAACCACGACUUCUUCCUCAAGGCCGAGCCGCACUACGUCUCGCACCGCGCGGUUCCGGCGGACAACAACAACAACGACAACGACGGCGAGACGGCCGCCGUGAGGGAAGCGUACGAUUUGCCGCCCGACUUGGAGCCGCUGGGGAAGCCGAAGGUCAAGCUGUACGAGGUCAUCGACCACGUGCCGAACCCGGUCUGGAGCUCGAGCGUGGUUAGCAACGAGGAGUUUGUUGAUUUGAGGGAUGGGCUCUGGGUCAGGAUACGGAGUCCGCUUGCUGUGGUUAUGGAGACGAGGUGGACGGUCAGGGAGCGGGAGGCGGAUGGGGAGGAAGGCGGGUUGGAGCUGGUGGAGGAUGUGGAGAUUAACUGCUCUAAGUUGCUGAUGGGGAUUGUGAAGUCCCAGGUCGAUAAUAAUUGGAAGGGCAUACAUGAUAAUUUCAUCAGGCAGCUGCUGGAGGAUGUGAAGAAGGGGGCGGAAUAGUAAGGUUAGCUACUAAUGCUAUGGGUUUGUGAGAACAUACCUACAUGAUAUUGAUGCGUAGGUAGGUAAGCUUAGCACCUACCUAUUAUAUAUCCAGUUUCUGUAUACGGAGUAUAUUCUUUUA